UCAGUAAAUUUAUAUAACCUUUUUUGUUUAGAUCACGUCUGUAUUUGUAGUUAUUUUUUUUCUUAUCUGUGUUCAUUUAUUUAAGAUAUCUUUAUAAAUAAUAUAUAUUUAUUAAAAACUUAAUUAAUCAGUAAGUAAUGGCAUCUCCGUGGGCUCCUAUACCACCAGCAGAAACAUUAAGUUUCAAUGAAAUAACUGCCGAGCAGGUUUUUAAUAAAAAGCUGGAAAAUGAAUUUUUGACUUAUGAUGAUGUAAAGGUUACGGAAAAUCAUGCAAUUUAUGAUGUUGAUGUUGACGAUAUUGAAGAUGACAAUACGAACAGUGAUCGGGUAAUUGCGCAAUUACUGCAAAAUCAGUUUAAUGAUGAGUAUGAUUUGAUGUUGAAGCGGACGGAAGAUAAAAUGAAUGGAACAUCUAAAGUUGGAAUAUCGUUUGCUAAUUUCCGCGCGAGUUCGAAUUGUCCUGAUAUAAUUAACACAGUGAUUGAUGAAGACCGUGAUUUAGAUCACUUUGUUAGUAUUGAGAAGGAAUAUGCAUCAAUACCACGCUGUGGAUACAAGAAAACUAACACAGGUUCAGAAAUAGUCACGAAACAUGACAUACUAAUGUCAUCAAGAAUUAACGCCUGUCGUGUACUGGAAUUUCCACCAGGAAUAUCAACUGGAGACACUGGUGGCUUUGAUGUAAAAUUGAAUAACAAUGUGUUCAAUUCACUGCGAAAUCACAGCCAUGCACACUGCGCUCGUGAAAAAGCUAAAGUCCGACCACACAAACAAAACUAACUUCUAAUAAUUCCAAUAUAUAUCAAGAGAACUUAAAGCUUAAUGUAACGAACCAUAUAAAUAAAUAAAUAUAUAUGUGUGUGUAUAUAUUACAUCAUGAAUCCAUGAAAUAUAUCAAUAACUAUAACUUAUAGAAA